AUGUCACAAUGGUACACUGGAACACAAGCUCUUUUCAUAGCUCUUGCUUUUGCAACUUUUGAUCUGUUGAUGAAUAUUUUUGGGUUGGCAUGGAAUGGUAAAGAUUUUACUACUGACAAUAUCAUUCACUGGUUUCAACUGGAAAAUUAUCGCUUCAAGCAAAACCCUGUUGACUUUUUGGGUGUUGCAUUGCUUCGUUUCUGCAUCCUUCUUGGCGGUGGCAUUGGUGUUUAUGCGAAUCCCUACGGAGGACCGGCUGCAUGCGCUAAAUACAGUAAUUUAAUAUUCGCAAUAAUUCUUCUAAUUGUUGCAUUCUCACCAUCCAAGCUGCUAGCAUUCUAUGAAGAUGAAAAUCUGAAAUUUGCGGUCGGUGAUUGGAUUUUAAUGAUAUGGUGUGUAAUUGCUUCAUUAUUCACUCAGGCAAUAUGGGUGAGUAUUUUCGCAAGGGUGCGAGAACCCGAACCCGAUGCUGGUAUUGAGCAGAUUCAUGAAGAGGAUGAGUACACGAUGCGCAUAAUCAAGGAGGAGGAUGAAAAAUUAUUGCAGCAACGUGAAGCAACCCGAACAUUGCUUCGAUUGUUCAGUUAUAUGAUGAAAGAGUGGAGUUUUUAUUUGGUCGCUUUCACAUUCCUCUUACUUUAUUCAGUGUCACGUGUAUUCAUUCCAUUCUAUACCGGUGAGGUGGUGGCUAGUGUUUUCGGAUCAGCUGGUUCAUAUGCUGCACUUCAUAAGACUGUUGCGAUUAUGGCCGUGCUUACGGUUAGUGGAUCGGUCUUUGGAGGUUUGCGUGGAGGCACAUUUACAUAUGCACAAGCGAGAAUUGAUCGCAGAAUUCGUGAUGAUUUAUUCCGAUCACUCGUUAAACAAGAAAUUGGAUUUUUCGAUGCUAAUAAAACCGGUGAAAUCUGCUCACGUUUGAAUGCCGAUUGCAUGACAAUGUCAAAUACGCUAUCACUAUAUGUGAAUGUUCUGUCACGUAAUUUAACAAUCCUAUUUGGAUCGGUUAUCUUUAUGUUCUCACUUUCAUGGCGUCUUUCAAUGAUCACAGUGAUUGCAAUACCAAUCAUUUUUCUCAUUUCAAAAGUGUAUGGCGUUUAUUAUGAUCAAUUAUCUGAAGAGACGCAAACUUCGGUAGCAAAAGCAAAUGAUGUUGCCGAGGAGGUGAUCAGUGCAAUCCGAACGGUUAAAAGUUUUGCAUGUGAGAAAUUUGAAGCAAAGAGAUUCAUGGCAUUCCUUGAUGUCACAUUGGGCAUUGCAACCAGAAAAGCAAUAGCACAUGUUGGCUUCGUGUGGACAUCUGAACUGUUGCAAAUGGGUAUAUUAAUCAUUGUACUGUGGUACGGUGGUCAUUUGGUGCUUCAAAAUCAGGUUGACUCAAGAUUGCUCAUAUCAUUUUUGCUUUAUCAAUUCCAGUUGGGCGAAAAUCUACGAGAACUCGGUGAAGUGUGGAAUGGUUUUAUGCAAGCAGUUGGCGCAUCGAGGAAAGUAUUCGAAUUAAUUGAUCGUAAGCCAAAAGUGAAUAAUAACGGUAAAAUAAAUCUUGAUGGUACGAUAACAACUUUAGAAGGACGAAUUCAAUUCGAAGAUGUUCACUUCAGCUAUCCAAUAAGACCACAUGUACCAGUCAUGAAAGGCAUAUCAUUCACAGUUAAUCCUGGUGAGGUGGUUGCAUUGGUGGGUCCAUCUGGUAGUGGAAAGAGUUCAUUAAUUGCAAUGUUAGAACAUUUCUAUGAACCAACAUCCGGUUCUGUCUUGUUGGAUGGUAUUCCUGUACGAGACUAUGAUCAUAAAUUCCUUCAUACGAAGGUUGCAUUGGUUGGUCAAGAACCGGUGUUAUAUGGUAGAUCAGUACGUGAGAAUAUAGCAUAUGGUAUUGAUCAAAUAAGUGAUGAGAAAAUCCAAAAUGCUGCCGAAUUAGCAAAUGCACACAGUUUCAUCUUAACAACAACCGACGGUUAUGAAACGAAUGUGGGUGAGAAGGGCAGUCAGAUGUCAGGUGGACAAAAGCAAAGAAUCGCUAUUGCACGUGCACUCGCACGCGAUCCAGUGGUACUUCUACUUGACGAAGCCACAUCUGCAUUGGACUCACAAUCGGAACGUCUGGUACAAGAAGCAAUAUCAAGGAAUCUUGGUGGACACACCGUACUUGUGGUAGCACAUCGUUUAAGUACGGUGGAAAAUGCUGACAAAAUAAUUGUUAUUAAUAAAGGACAAGUCGAGCAAACUGGUCGAUAUAAGGAACUCGCAGAAACCGAAGUGAGACCAAACGAUGAUGACGCAGAACGAGAAGUUGUAGAGGAGAAACUUAAACGAGAAUCGGCGAGGAUGCAUCCAAAAUCGACAUCAACACUGAUCCCACAGCAACAAUCACAACUACAGCCACAUUCCUUCCUUGGCACCAGUUUCGCAAGCUCUAGUUCGAGAAUUUAAUCACUUCAAAUAAUACCUUAUGCAGUAACGUUCCAGUCGAUUUCUUAAUGAUUCGCCGAUUAGCGUUCAACAGUCACCAUACUUUAGAAAAUUUGUUGUUUCUUACUUUACUGUUGUUUUCUUUUAUUUGCGCAAUUUUGUUUUAUUGUUUUUGAAUUUCCAAACCUUCGUCAUUUAUUCAGUUCAUUCGUUUGUUCGUUUCAUUAGAGAAUGUAGUUCGAUAAAAU